CAACUUCAAGUUUUCCAAAAACUAAAAACGAGGCUUUUUUUCUUACCAAGGUCAAAACACUUUUAGCGUCGAAAAUGAGUCGCAUAUGCCUUAACAGUAACAACACAACAGAGACUAUAAUUUGGACAGCUGGCAUUGAUGUAAUGUUGCUCACAAUAUACAUCCAAGAGUGCAGAAGGAAUAAUCCAAUCAACGAAACCCAAAUUAUUCGGAUUUUUGCUGAGGAAACCGGUCAUGAGCUCAGUUGGAAAAGUUUAGAAAAAAGAAUUUGCUACUUGAAAAGUUUGUACGCCAGCUUAUGCAAGUCCUGUACAUGGGAUCCAAGAACAGGGGUGCCCUCAAUGAGUAAUGAAGUGUGGACACAAACUACGAAGAGACAUCCUGAAUUGUCAAAUCCAAAUUCCGAACUACUAGUUGAGUUCUUUAUACAAAGAAUGACAUCGAGGCUACAUGAUUCGAGUGGCUUUGACUGCUUCAAGGCGACACUACAUCUACCUGAGAAUCCCAAUGGCUUUAGUUCUAUGUUGAACCUCGCUCCUCCCCAUUGGAGAGACUCGUCGGGAAAAUUUGCUGGAUUUAGCUUGUAUCAGCUGACUGAAAAUCUAUGUUCAACAAAGAAGAAAGGCACUUAAAUGAAUCAUGUUAAAAAUACUAAGAAAUAGAAACAGUCCAAGAAAUAAUAAGGAGAAGAGAAAGAUCUUGUUAUA